AUGUUAAAUGAAUCGAAUGAAAAUGAUAAAUUAUCUUCAAGAAAUGAUACCAAAUCAGUUCGACAAGAAAAAUUUAAGAGAUUUCUGGGAGUUGGAUUAAUGAUAUCCUUCGAGAUUGUUUUACCACUUAUUCUCUAUUAUAUCCUUAGAAAAUAUAUACCGGAAAUCUGGGCACUGAUUAUUUCUGGUGUCCCGCCGUUUAGUGCCGUUAUCUUUGGCAUUAUACGUAACAGGCGUGUUGAUGUUUUGGGGUUACUUAUAAUACUCACUACUAUUGUUGGUGCUAUCUUGGCAAUAGUAAAAAACGAUGCACGAAUACAUUUACUACGAGAAACAACAAUUACGGGUACCGUGGGUCUAACAUUUCUAGUUACUUUGAUUCCAAUCAAGGUUGGUUCCUUUCGAAUGCGACCACUCACAUUCUACUUUGGUAGAGAUAUGGAUACAGGUGGUUCCUUUGGUCAUUUAAGUUCAGGAAGUACCCUUACAGGUUUAACGGAGGAUGAACCUAUCCCUGAACGUUGGGACAGAUAUUGGAAUUCCUACUCCUUGUUUCGACGUGGAUUUAUUGUUUUGACAGCUGUCUGGGGACUUGGGUUGCUUGCUGAAGUACCUAUCCGUGUUUUUAUUGUUCUCAAAUCGACAUCAACUGAAAAAGCCUUUCUUUUGUCAAACAUAAUAACCUACACUUGGUUAGGUUUAUUGAUACUAUUCAACAUCGUUUACACUAAAAUAUGGAAGAAACAAGGCCAAAGGGCAGAAGCUGCGGCUGCGGCUGCAGCUGUUGCUACUCAAACUCCAGAUAUAUAG